AUUGUUUUUGCUUCAUAGGAGGGGCGUGCACAUGGAAGAAAAAAACUAAAAAAAAAGGAAGGAAGAAGUAAGCCGAAUGAAAAAGGAGAGAGGGGGUAGAUCUGGGAUCGGGUUACAGCGUGUCUGAAACAGGACUGCCAACAUGACAGCAAGCAACGAAACAGCCGGUAACGGGAUCGGAGUUGAAAAGACAGCAGCUACCGGGACCAGGCGGCAGAGUGAAGCCAAUCAGAAGCUGAAGUACAUCAGCCUGGCUGUGCUGGUCGUGCAGAAUGCCUCCCUCAUCCUGAGUAUCCGUUACACACGCACCCUCCCCGGGGAGAGGUUCUUCGCCACCACGGCUGUGGUCAUGGCUGAGCUGCUCAAGGUCGCCACCUGCCUGCUGUUGAUCCUGCUGCAGAAGAGAGGGAAUCUGAAGGAGUUUUUGGUGCUGCUGUACAACUCGAUCUUCAUUCAGUACUUAGACACGCUGAAACUGGCAGUGCCAUCUCUCAUCUACACCCUACAAAAUAACCUGCAGUACGUGGCAAUCUCCAACCUGCCCGCGGCCACCUUCCAGGUGACCUAUCAGCUGAAGAUCCUGACCACGGCCAUAUUCUCUGUCAUGAUGCUCCACAAGAGCCUGUCCAGGCUGCAGUGGAUCUCCCUCCUGCUCCUCUUUGCCGGCGUGGCGAUCGUCCAAGUGGAGCAAGAAGGGGGGCGGAAGGAGGCUUCAGUCAAAAACGACAACCAGAGCUACACCAAGGGACUGGCGGCCGUCAUCGUCUCCUGCCUGUCAUCCGGCUUCGCGGGCGUCUACUUUGAGAAGAUCCUCAAAGGCAGUUCGGCUUCGGUCUGGAUGCGUAACAUCCAGUUGGGGAUCUUCGGGGGCGUGCUCGGCCUUUUGGGGAUGUGGUGGAACGAUGGGGCAGCCAUCGGGGAGAAGGGAUUUUUUUUCGGGUAUACGCCCUUGGUUUGGGGGGUCAUCUUCAACCAGGCCUUCGGCGGCUUGCUGGUGGCGGUGGUGGUGAAGUACGCAGACAAUAUCCUCAAGGGUUUCGCCACCUCGUUCUCGAUCAUCGUCUCUACGGUCACCUCGGUGUACCUCUUUGGGUUUCACGUGGAUCUGCUUUUUGCCCUCGGGGCGGGGUUGGUGAUCGGAGCGGUUUACAUGUACAGCCUCCCGAAGGGUGCGUCCGGUCUGCCUCCCGGGUUGCUGCCUUCUUCCCUCUCCUCUUCCUUGUCAUCUUCCGCUGGGGCUGUUUCCUCCGGGGUUAGGAACCAGUUGUCGGGAGGGACAGAUUCCGAGACGGACCCUUUCUUGGCCAAGUCAGUUCUGGUGAAAUAAUGACUUUUUCUUCUUCCUCCUCCUCUUCUCCUACCUUCUAACAAUGCAACCCAAGACCUAAUCUUCUCAUCCACUCUUUCUAAUGGUUUUCAACCUGCCUGUUUUUUUUUUUUUUUUAAAUGAGUAAGGAGGUUCUAACAUCAUUUUAUUUAUUUUUUUAACUUUUACUGUUUUAUUGGUUUGUGAUCAUUUCUGACAGGUUCCGUUUCUGAUUUGAAUGGAACAGGGAAACACUACACAGUGCCUUGCCCUCAGGGUUUUCCAAACAGCCUCAGAGCCUGGUAAAGGACAAUUUUAGAGAAAAACAAGUGGGUUUGCAACACAAUCCACACAGAGCGAUUGCAGACACAAUGAAACAGUAUAGAGCAAAAAAUAAAUAAAUUUGGAAUGGUUUUUGACGCUCCGGUUGGUUUUGUUUCUCUCUCCUCUUUUUUCUGGAAAAAAGAAGAACUGAAGAAGUAAAUAAAAAGGCACAGCAUCUGUUUUUUCUGUAAACAUUGGAGGGCACCAGACCAGUACCAUCACCGCAGGAUUGGCUGCUGAAAUUUGCCACUGCAAUUACAAUUUUGUUCAAUUACAGCAAUUCCAAUUACACAUAGAAAGGAACAUAAACCGCGAGACGCAUUACCGUGGUUACUGUGAUUGUUCUAAAUAAGUGAGCAGUAAUCCACAGAUGGAAUAUACACAAAACACAUGUAAACGAAUUGGGCCAAAUGAGGUCAAGCAUAGAAUAACGACCACUCGGUAAGCAAGGUGGA